AAUUUAUUUAACGUUAUAAAUACGUUAUUUUAUUAUAACUAUGGGAUUGUGCAAGUGUCCGAAAAGAAGAGUUACAAACUUAUUUUGUUUUGAACACCGUGUCAAUGUUUGUGAACAUUGUAUGGUCACAAAUCAUCCAAAGUGUAUUGUUCAAUCAUAUAUUUUAUGGCUUCAUGAUCAUGAUUAUAAUCCAAUUUGUACAUUAUGUUCAGUAAAUUUAAGUGAAGGAGAUUGUGUACGAUUAACAUGUUAUCAUAUGUAUCAUUGGACAUGUUUGGAUAAGUAUGCCAGAGAAUUACCAGCAACUACUGCACCAGCAGGAUACACAUGUCCAACUUGUAAAGAACGCAUAUUUCCAGAUUCAAAAUUAGUAUCUCCUGUAGCAGAUGUAUUAAGAGAAAAAUUAGCAGGUGUAAAUUGGGCACGUGCUGGUUUAGGUUUACCUUUGCUCAGUGAAGAUAGGGAACAAAAACCAGAACAAGAGCAUCCUUCAUUAAGAAUUGAAACUACAUCGUAUCAAAAUCAUACAACUUCAUCACCAUCAACAACUACAUCACGUUCUGGUAGCAAUGUUAAUUCAGUUCAUACUAAUAUAAAUAAUGUGCAUUUAAAUAAUCAAAAAGUUGGGCCACCCUAUUCAAUUGUAAAUAUUGAUUCAUCUAUGGGAUUAUCACAACCAACAUCAAGGAAAGUUUGUGAAGCUUAUGAUGAUCCAAAAGAAAUAUCCUUUGAUCAUGAUGAAAAUAAAUAUAGAAGAAAAUCUGCCAUUGAAUGGUUCUUAAGAUGGUGGAAAUUGAUAGUUAGUCCACCAACACGGCGUAGAAACUCACCUGGACCAUUGUACAAGAGAUAUGCAGUGCUAGGUAUCAUGGGUAUAUUAGCUUUUAUUGGAAUAUUAAUUCUCUUUUCAUGGCUCGGAAGGAUGGCUACAGAUGGCGAUCCAAGUUACGAUCUUCAUGCGGAUCCUAAUAUUUUAGUCGCCGAUAAAUCUGCUGGUAUUUAAUAUUCUCUAAUUUUUUUAAAAUCAAAAUUUAAAAAAACUAUGAGAAUAUAAUAUAAAUGAAGCAUAUAAUAUGUGUGGAAGCAAUAACUGAAGCUUGUAAAAUAAUGGAAUAACGACUAUAGUCGAACGAAUAAUGUAUUCAUUGUUUUAUAAUUUCAUUCUGAAAGAAUAAUUAACAUAAGAUAUAAUGUAUUGCUAGCCUUAAUAUCUGUUAAUUUUUGUGUAAAGUAUGCCUUAAUAUUAAGCUGUAUAUUUCGAUCUGUAAAGACUUAUAAAUUUACAAAAAGUUUUGUGAUUAUAUGAAUCAGUUUUUUAUAUCAUCGUGCGCGAAGAUUAAGCGAAAAUAGCUCUUAUAUUCCCGAUACUAUUGCCGUCAAUAGAAUUAAGCUAUAUCCAGAAAAGAUUUUAUUGUGAUAGCGGUUUUAAUCAGAAACACAAUUUUAUUAUUUAUGUUAUUACAUUUAUUUUAAAAUAACAUUAUAAUGUAAUUAAACUGACUGUUCUCCAAUAUUAAUUCUAAUAUUUUCAAUUUUGUUAAAAGGAGUAGGAAUACAUAUAUUGAAAUAAGAAAUCCUUUCAGUUGUUUUUAAUAAUAUUUUUAUUAUAGAACAAAAUUAUAGCAAAAAAAAUUUAUCCUAUUUCUUUUAUUCAUGCGUGAUUUGACAUUUUUACAAUUUAAAUGAAAAUCUCGUGAUAAAUCCAAGAGAGAAUGUUCAUGAAAUAUUAAAGUCUCUUAACAGAUCAAACUGAUAUAUUGAAUUAAUUUUAUAUUAAAGAAAAAUACUUUAUACAAAAAAAAAAAACGAAAAAAAUAUCUUUACUUUUGUAAUAAAUAGAAAUAUUAUAUCACGCUUAAAUAAUUGUUAUUUUGUUUAGAAAUUGCACAAAUUUUAUAAAUUUUCUUUCGAAUUUUAAAAGAAUCACUGUGAACUACAGUAGAAGAGUGGGGAUGUUUUGUUUUCUUUCUUUUCACGUCCCAUAGCAGCCAUUUGCGAUCAAGACGAGGAUACUAUCGUUUCGUUUCACGUGUUUAUUAUUAUUCUAUAUUCUAAUAAUGCGGAGUGAUCAAGUGAUUUUUAUAUUGUGAAAAAUUUAUAAUUUAAUUAUCAAAUCGUAUAUUUCAUUUAAAACGGAAACAUUCCUUAUUUAUUUCCGUUAUAAAUAAGUAUUAAUAAAAAAUUAGAAUUUCAAUUUUAACUUUUUUCAUAGAUACUUUACAUGUAAUAUAUCAAUGUUUUAUUUAUAUUUCUUGUUAAUAUAUCAAGUGUAUUAUUUUUAGUUUUCAUCUUUUUUUUUUAACUUUGAAAAAGAUUUUGUACAUAUAAAUAAAAAGUAGACAAAUUUUCAAUCAACAAGUUGGAAGAUUAGUGUUAUCUUUGGGGCGAAUUACGACUGAUAGUUUUAAAAUGCGAUUUAUAAAGUAUAUUAAAACAUAUUCUACAAUAUUUAUAACUGAUAUAACAACUUCGAUUACUCUUUUUUAUUUGUGGAACAAGGGAUACAAAUAUUUGGCAUCAACGAUUUCUUUAUGUGGUAUCGGUAAGAAUUUUGUAAUUUAAACAAAGAUCAAUUAUGUUUUACUACUAAUGAUGUAUAAUUUUCAUAAAAGAAUACUCUAUUACUAAUAUUUUUAUAUCAUAAUAGAAAUUAAAGAUGAGAUUUAUAUCAGAUAUAUCUUUGAAAUAUGAA